ACAGGAAAAGAUUAGAGCCAAGUAAAAUGUCUAAGGCUUUUGCAUAACAGUGCAGGUGAAUCUUUUCUGAAGAUAUCUUGUGUUUUAGAAUCCUACUGGCAGCUCUAGCUGGAAUACGUCACUUCCUAUGGCAUUUUUUUCCCAUUUUCUUUCUGUUCUCAGUUUCGGAACCUUCAUUCAAAGUUGUCUAAGCUAACAAAGGUAUUUAUGUGAAUGCACUACUGCUCACAAGAACAAAUGUAGUACCUUCUAGCUGUUUUUACACAAAGCUAAACUUUGGUUUUGAACAUGUCGUGCAUCAUAAAUCUUUACAGUUUAAACAUAAGAAGAAACAGGAAAUAGGCCAGGCAGCCUGCAAAUUUAACAUUCAGGCUGAAGACAUGGAUCCAAAUUCUGCAAGCUCUAAAGAGAAACUCUGGAAUGAUCUCAGAUCACAAGCUGAAGUCAAGAGAAACAAUUUGAGAUUUUUACAAGAUUCACCAUUUGAUGAUCCUCAGUUAUUAACAAAGGAAACAUUUAAUUACAUAUUAUGUGGUGGCCAGUAUAAAGGAUUGAAGCUGUCAAAUACCUGUGUUCUAGACUCACUUUUGACAGGUUUGCAUAUAGUCUACAAAACCAAACCCCAGAUAAGAGAUCUUUUGCUUAUGGACCCCAUAAUCAUGGCAGUUAUGACAUUUAUAGACUUCUCACAGUAUAAUGAAGCUAAAAUUCUAUGGAUUUUGAAUCUAGAAAUCCUCAGCAAUGAUAAAACUAAUUUUUUUGAUGGUGAAUAUAUUAAUAUUCGUGGCCAUGUUAAGGAUCACCUUCCAAAUCUUAAAAACCUGAGAAUUGCAACUCUUUAUUUUGACAAUGAACGACAAAGUCCAGACCUUGAAGAUGCCAUUUUCAAGAUGACGCUGAGUGCAUUUGAAGACUUUGGUGAUGUUAUGGCCCUUGGAACAAAACUUAAUCCUACACUCAUUUUAGUGGAUGUGGAAGGAAGAAUAAAUGCCUUUCCUGAAUCCGAUGUUUGCGACUGUUACGAAAGGACGUUUGAACUUCAGUUUCUCCUGCUUGGCAUCAUCACUGCAGACUCAAACCAUAUGGUUCUGUGUAUUAAGCUGAAUGGAGACUGGCUGCUUUACGAUGAUCAGCAGCGGCCCCUAUUUCGGCACACCUCCUUCGCUGAAUUAAAGUCAGGCGAAUAUGUUACUUACCUGGCAGCCUACAUCAACACUACAAAAAUGAAAAAAGAUUAAAAACACGUUCUUUCUGCAUGAUAGUGAUAGUAAUAUCUAUCACUAACUGUGGCUGAAAAGCUGAUCAACACAUUUGUGUUUUCUCGAAUUGACUACUGUA